AUGCAUGUUAAAGUAUGCAUGACCUGUUUGCAGAAGUAUUCAUUGCCGGCUGUGGAACAUCCACAGCGGGAAUCUCUCGCUUUCCGUAGUAUAUCAGCUGACACUCUAGCAUCUGAAAUUCGAAGACUUGGUCCCGAAGAAUUUGAGCGUCGUUAUACACUAGUCGAUUGCAGAUACCCUUACGAAUACGAGGGAGGACACGAGUCUCUUCAGUGUGCUGUGAACGUCCAUAACCAAGAUGAAUUAGAGAAGAUUUUCUUCCCGGAAGAUCCGAAUCAUCCAAUCCGCAAGCGCAUACCCAUUUUCUAUUGCGAAUUCAGUCAGAAACGAGGACCAGGGAUGGCACUAGCACUGCGCAACAUCGAUCGGAUGCGCAACGAAUUUCAGUACCCUAAAGUGGACUAUGCUGAGAUGUAUCUACUUGAUCACGGCUAUCGACAAUUCUGGAAUGAUGGACGCUACAAGGUUGUGUAUUUGCUUGAUUGCCUCAUUGGAAGACAAAAAUCGGUGCUAUAUCUGUGA